UUUGGAUCUCCAUGCGGAUGUGACAUUUCAGAGAAGAGCGCGACCGCCAUUUUGAGAUUUACCUCAGACUCAACACAUCACAAACCACGGGAGGAGCGGGUUAGGAGCAACACAGCUCAGGCUAACAUUGUAUGACCGGGCACAUUCCUCUCAAUAAACAAGAGGUUAGCUAGAAAUGCAACGAGGUGCCGCGUUUUGUCGUGUAUUGUGUUAGGGGCUGUUUGGGGGAAUUCGUUUAUGUCGGGCCGUGGCAACUCUCGUCUCCGCGAACUUCCAAAUCAACAUUAGUGCUAAUUCCGUAUUGGAAACUGGUUUGAAUGGAUAGCUUUUUCCUCCGCUCUUCCCCAGACGAGGGACAAUCGGAGGAGCAUACGGACUGGGGAUAUCGCAGACAGAGUUGUUGAAUGUGUGUCUAGCAAAUGAACCUUUAUUUUCUUUGUUGUUGUACCUAUAUCACCAGUUGGCUGCCUAUUGUCGGGUAGCUUAGCACUAGCAAUAAACAGGGUAUUUGUUCCUCAAGGUGCAGGUCGUGCUGUGCGUUGUCUGUUUGCCCCACAUUUCCCGGGGUAAAUCCGGAUUAAUUUAGCUAAUUUCAGCGGGCCUCCCUCCUUGGAGCCCCGGUCCAUCCAUCCCACCGUCAACCAGCGACUCGCACCCACCAAAGGCGCCGAGAUUGGGCGAAUAGCGAGCAAAUACGUCCGCGUUUCUCUACCCGCUCCCCCACCGACCUCCCCUCCUAACUCCCCGGCGCUGACAGCGGACAAGGCCGAGGUCGAGACAGAGCAGGCCCGGCCGCCGAGGCUCAACCUGUCCACCCCACCACCGCAUCCUACCACACCUCACCAGCAGUCCAGAACCCGGUUCCCUGCCGAGCCGACCCUGGACAAGGUCGAGGGUACCAGAGAUAGCAGGGAGCAACGCAUCACAACCACAACAACAACAGCUGCCAACAUGAACCACCACCAUCACCACACGCAGCAGCAGCAGCAACAGAAAGCCGGCGAGCAGCAGCUCAGCGAACCAGAAGACAUGGAGAUGGAAGAGGUUUCAGAAUAGACUGACACAGAAGGAGGGACAAGAAGUUGUCAUGGAGUUGACUGACAGACCACAUUAGCACGGUGUAAUCCACUUGAGGAAACGAGGUCAGUCUCCUGGAGGACUCGGUCAGUAACGUUACCUGGAGACACACAGAACUGACACCAUUGCUCCUGUCAGCUCGGAGGAAGACAAGGAUCAUAGGUGCACAUUAAAUGCAGUGUAAGAGACGGACUGACGCAUCAACACAUUUGGAGACCUAUCAUUUGGAGACGUAUGCCUGAGUGCUCAUAUCAAUGCUGUCGUUACUCUCAAGCCUGGCUUCCGUUGCAUCGCUGUCAUCACAGGAUCCAGGCAGAUUUCACUCGCUCCUUACUCAAAGCUCAUCCGUUCCCGUUCAUCAUUGUGUUUUGAUAGCUGGGGACACAGACGACCCUCCAAGAAUCCCAGCCAACCCAGUGAUCAAUGGUAACGUGGCCAUGGCAGAUGGACACAACAACACAGAGGAGGACAUGGAGGAUGACACCAGUUGGCGGUCCGAGGCGACUUUCCGCUUUGUGGUAGAGCGCUUCAGUCGCCUGAGUGAGUCUGUGCUCAGCCCGUCCUGCUUUGUCCGGAACCUUCCAUGGAAGAUAAUGGUGAUGCCACGCUUCUAUCCCGACCGGCCACACCAGAAGAGCGUGGGCUUCUUCCUGCAGUGUAACGCAGAAUCAGACUCCACGUCCUGGUCAUGCCACGCUCAGGCCAUGCUAAAGAUCAUCAACUACAAAGACGAUGAGAAGUCUUUCAGCCGCCGGAUCAGUCACCUGUUCUUCCACAAAGAGAAUGAUUGGGGCUUCUCCAACUUCAUGUCCUGGAGUGAUGUGACUGAUCCAGAGAGGGGCUUUGUUGAUGAUGACAAAGUCACAUUUGAAGUCUAUGUCCAGGCAGAUGCCCCACAUGGAGUGGCAUGGGACUCUAAGAAACACACAGGCUAUGUUGGACUAAAGAACCAGGGAGCAACCUGCUACAUGAAUAGCCUGCUACAGACUCUCUUCUUCACCAACCAGCUGCGCCGGGCGGUGUACAUGAUGCCCACAGAGGGAGACGACUCGUCCAAGAGUGUUCCCCUGGCACUGCAGAGGGUGUUCUACGAGCUGCAACACAGCGACAAACCUGUCGGCACCAAGAAACUCACCAAGUCCUUCGGAUGGGAAACACUAGACAGCUUCAUGCAACAUGAUGUACAGGAGCUGUGCAGAGUGCUCCUGGACAAUGUGGAGAACAAAAUGAAAGGCACUUGUGUUGAGGGAACCAUCCCUAAGCUCUUCAGAGGAAAGAUGGUGUCAUAUAUUCAGUGUAAGCAUGUGGACUACCGGUCAGAGCGGAUAGAGGACUACUAUGACAUCCAGCUUAGCAUAAAAGGAAAGAAGAACAUCUUCGAGUCAUUCAAAGAUUAUGUUGCAACUGAACAGUUAGAUGGAGACAACAAAUAUGACGCAGGAGAGCAUGGCCUGCAGGAAGCAGAGAAGGGGGUGAAGUUCCUUACCUUCCCUCCAAUCCUCCAUCUGCAGCUGAUGAGGUUCAUGUACGACCCGCAGACCGACCAAAACAUCAAGAUUAACGACAGAUUUGAGUUUCCGGAUCAGUUACCCCUGGAUGAGUUCCUUCAGAAGCCAGACUCCAAGGACCCAGCCAACUACAUCCUGCAUGCCGUGCUUGUGCACAGCGGGGACAACCAUGGCGGUCACUACGUCGUCUAUCUUAACCCAAAAGGAGACGGCAAAGUCAGUGUCAAGGAACCAAUAUGGUGUAAGUUUGAUGAUGACGUGGUGUCGCGGUGCACCAAGGAGGAGGCCAUAGAGCACAACUACGGUGGACACGAUGAUGACCUCUCAGUGCGUCACUGCACCAACGCAUACAUGUUGGUCUACAUCCGUGAGUCCAAGCUCAGCGAGGUGCUCCUGCCAAUGACUGACGUGGACAUCCCCCAGCAGCUGGUGGAGCGUCUGCAGGAGGAGAAAAGGGUGGAGGCACAGAAGAGGAAGGAGCGCCAAGAGGCUCACCUCUACAUGCAGGUCCAGAUUGUAACAGAGGACCAGUUCUGUGGUCAUCAGGGCAACGACAUGUAUGAUGAGGAGAAGGUGAAGUACACAGUCUUCAAGGUCCUGAAGAGCUCUACACUGCAAGAGUUUGUCCAGACCCUCUCCCAGACCAUGGGUUUCCCACAAGACCAGAUGAGGCUGUGGCCCAUGCAGGCCCGGAGCAAUGGAACCAAGAGACCCGCCAUGCUUGACUACGAGGCUGACUGCAACAAGUCGAUGAUCGACUUGAGCGACAAUGAAAACCCCUGGACAAUAUUCCUGGAGACGGUGGAUCCAGAGAUGGCAGCCAGUGGGGCCACAUUACCCAAGUUCGACAAAGACCAUGAUGUCAUGUUGUUCUUGAAGAUGUAUGACCCCAAAACCAGAAGCUUAAAUUAUUGUGGACAUAUCUACACACCUAUAUCCUGCAAAAUAAGAGACCUUCUACCAGUGAUGUGUGAGAGAGCCGGGUUUCAGCAGGAAACUAGCCUUAUCCUCUAUGAGGAAGUAAAGCCCAAUCUAACAGAGCGGAUACAGGACUAUGAUGUCUCUCUGGACAAGGCCCUGGAUGAGCUCAUGGACGGGGACAUCAUUGUCUUCCAGAAGGACGACCCAGAGAACGACAGCAGUGAGCUGCCUACGGCCAAGGACUACUUCCGGGAUCUCUACCACCGAGUGGACGUCAUUUUCUGUGACAAGACCAUCCACAACGACCCCGGCUUUGUCGUCACUCUCUCCAACCGCAUGAACUAUUUUCAGGUGGCCAAGACAGUAGCGCAGAGGUUGAACACAGAUCCCAUGCUGCUGCAGUUCUUCAAGUCACAGGGGUACAGGGACGGUCCAGGGAAUCCUCUCAGACACAACUAUGAGGGAACGCUGCGGGACCUGCUGCAAUUCUUCAAGCCUCGGCAGCCCAAGAAACUCUACUAUCAGCAGUUAAAGAUGAAGAUAACAGACUUUGAGAACAGGAGGAGUUUCAAAUCCAUAUGGCUCAACAGCCUGUUCAGAGAGGAGGAGAUCACCCUCUACCCUGACAAGCACGGCUGUGUGCGGGACCUUUUGGAAGAAUGUAAAAAGGCAGUGGAGCUCUCUGAAAAAGGCUCCGAGAAGCUCAGGCUGUUAGAGAUAGUAAGCUAUAAAAUCAUCGGGGUUCACCAGGAGGACGAGCUGCUAGAAUGUUUAUCUCCGGCCGCCAGCCGCACCUUCAGAAUAGAAGAGAUUCCUUUGGACCAGGUGGAGUUGGACAAGGACAGUGAAAUGCUAAUCCCCGUCGCUCACUUCCACAAGGAAGUCUUCGGCACCUUCGGGAUUCCCUUCUUGCUCAAGAUCAGACAGGGCGAGUCAUUUCGGGAGGUGAUGAGGAGGAUCCAGACCAUGCUGGACAUUCAGGAGAAAGAAUUUGAGAAGUUCAAGUUUGCGAUUGUGAUGAUGGGGCGGCAUCAGUACAUCACUGAAGACGAGUAUGAGGUGAACCUGAAGGACUUUGAACCACAGCCAGGUAACAUGUCUCACCCGCGCCCCUGGCUUGGGUUGGAUCAUUUCAACAAAGCUCCAAAGAGAGGUCGCUACACCUACCUGGAGAAAGCAAUCAAGAUCCACAACUAAACGCAGCCCGCCCUUCCUCUUUGUCCUCCUCCUUCUCCUCCUCCUGCUCCGCCUUCCUCCCUACCUACUUUAACACACCAUAACCACAGACUGUAACCAACCGUGUGUGUGCGUGUGUUUGUGUGUGUGAGACUGUGUGUGUGCGUACGUGUGUGUUCAUCACUUUUAACACCCUGCCUGGACACCUACAGCUCUACACCGGCACUACGUCUUCAGCGAUUCGGAUCUUGCUGCAACUGACGGAUUAUCCUUCAACCACAAAAUAAACUGCACCAACCUCCUCCUAAAUGUUGAUUUUGUUGUUUAUUUUAUUUUAUUUCUCUUUUUUUUUUCUAUCGUCUCCCUCCAUGUUUGAGGCUGCUCGGUUGUUGUAGUUUUCCCUGGCUUCUCUACCUGUUGACUGCCUGUUUUUGUUUAUUUGUUGCCUGUCUGGAAGUGGGAGAAAUUCAAUUGGAUUUUAAUAUAAAAUAAGCGGAGAGGGGAGAGGAAGUGGGACUCAGUAUAAAUAAGUGCGUGUAUUUGUGUAUAUAUAUAUAGAUAUAGAUAUCUAUAUCUAUAUAUAGAUAUAGAUAUAUCUAUAGAUAUAUCUAUAUAGAUAUAUGAACUUCUAGACUUAGUUUUUGUUUCCUUCUCCCACGUCACUCACAAGCUUUUUUUUUUUGCUCUUUUUUUUUUUUGUCCCUUCAGAUUUGUUUGGGGGGUUGUUUUUAAAUAAAGAGUUGUUUGAAGAGGCGUCAUGCAGCUGUGUGGCGAGUUUGAUGGAAGGAUGUUGGCGGGGACUAACUGACAGAAAAAGAGGAGAAGAGGGCCUGAUGGUCUUUUUUGCAGCGUUGUACUGGCGUCCAUCCCGAGGCUAACUAGUUGCCCUGAUGUGGUUCUUUAUAUUUUAUGCUCCCAUCCUUUAGUGCAACAAAGCAAGUAUUUCCAAGUUUACACGCAAUUCUUUCUCACUUAGUUUGGUUGGAGGAAGAAUGAAAUAAUUUUUUUUUUGGUUUCUUUCUGCAGAUCUUGUAUAAUAAAAUAAAUCCACAGCAUCUGUUUAAAAAUAAAUGGGGGAAAAAAAAUAAGGAGGAAAUUUGUCUGUAUUUCAUCUUGCACGUUGGCACUUAAUGUCAGAGGUUUCUCAGGACUGGCAAAUGUGUAUUUUGGUUGUGGUUUUGAGUUGCUCAGCUACUUUAAAGGAACACACAUGCACGGACAUUACUCCCUUGACUUUCUCUUCCCUUUCUUUUGUUUUUUUCAGGGGGUUUUAAUGUCUCAUUCAUUCCUCUAAACGCAAACAUGCACACACAUACGAGCUUCGUCAUCUUCUCUUGGUUGAAACUGUCGCCUCCAUGUGGUUGGUAGCAGUAACUGCGCUGUGCUUGCUAGGGAGCUGCAGACACUUUGAGCCCACAGGUUUGAGGAUUGUGUAGAGACAAAACCAGCAUUGUAAGAAACACUUUAAGCUCAUGAAUUAUUUUCUUUUGUUUCUUUUAAAGCACAGAUGGAAUGCUCCCCUAAUAGCGCAUAGCUGGCUCUGUAAAGACAACAUUUAAGAAUUGUAUAUUUAAAAAUAUGAACGUGUAAAAUUAAAGAGAAACACGCCUUUUGUUGUUGGGUACAGAAGGAGCCAGGUGUUCAUAUUUCUUGUGUGUAGGGUUUUUUUUUUUUUCGCGUUCCUGAUGUACCAUUGACGAUUUUCUUCUGUUAUAUUUGGAUUUAUUUUUUCUUUUCAAAACUAACUGCAUUGGUUUUGUCUUGUUAAAAAAAGAAAAAAAAAGUAAAAAAUAAGUGCAGUACAAAGAUGACCUGCAGAAUCACACCUUAAUUUGAUCUUUUCCAGUUUAAAAUCCUCAGUGUAGCAGCAGUGUACGACAACUAUUCCUGUAUAUUGCCUUUUUGCUGGAAAAUGUAUGUUGAAUAAAAUUUUCUAUAAAAACAAAAA